GCCCGAAUCGCUCCCGAUUGGACAAAGAAGUCCUGACGUAUGUAAUAUGACGUCAUCACGCACCUUCCCGACCUGUCCUUGAAGUUACGGAGCAGUCAAAAUGGUUGCAUACUGGAGACAGGCAGGCCUGAGCUACAUCCGCUUCUCCGCUAUCUGCGCCAGCGCUGUGCGGGCUGCGCUGAAGCCGCAGUUCAAAGUCGAGGCACUGAAGGCCGCAGAAGCCAACGUCAAAGUCAUCAAGCCAAAAACAGCAUGAUGUGAAGCUGUGGUGUAAAUAGUUUUGUUUUUUUUCCUGGGUUGUGAGGCCCUGCUGUCCCUCCUGUCCUUCAAAACAUGGAGAAGAAAGGGAGAAGAAGAGUAUGAAAACAUCUAGAUGUCACAUUAAAGACUGGGACCUGAAUGAAAUUGUUCUUUUUCAUUUGUAAUUAAAAAUGAGUACCUUGAA